AUGGCUUCACAGGACUGGACCAACAUGCCAUUGGAGCAAGACUGGACGACCAUGCCAGCAGAGGAAGACUCGGCAACCAUGUCAUGGGACAUGCUGAACCCAGAUGGCUCCCUUCCUGAGGUUGGGGUUCCUUACAACUUCAAUGAGCAGCCGGCAACAACCAAUGAGCAACCCCAGUGGGACUUGUUCCAAUAUGAUUUCCUUGGGCCGAUGGUAUUUGAUCAGCAGGAUCAAGGGGCUGGCAUCAACACGGCUCUCAUGCCACCUCUCGACACCAUCUUCACCUCUGCUCCCGACAUCACCUUUGUCCCUGCUCCCGGCACCACGUUCAUUCCUGCUCCCGACAAUACCUUCAUCCAUGCUCCCGACAAUACCUUCACCCAUGCUCCCGACUCUACUGUCAUUCCUACUCCCAGCGCUUCCAGCGCUUCCAACACUCCUCCUGACUCCUCCUCCUCCGCCACCACCCCCCCUAUCUCCAACACGAUCUCUGCCACCAACACCAGCACCAGCGCCAGCAACCCCGGAGCACACCACUGCCACGAAUGCGGAAAGCGCUUCCCCAAAAGGUCCGCGCUCAACACGCACCUCAGGUCCUCGAGAGCCCACCCACACGAGGACGUCAAGUGUCGCUGCGGCAAGUUCUUUGACAAGUACGGGCUCAAGCAGCACCUCAUACAGCGGGUGAACAAGUGCACGACGAGUCUGGCGGACUUCCGGUGUCACUGUGGCUUUGUGGUGGCUGCUGGUGAGGAGGAGGAGAUGCUGGAUCAUGCUUAUGCAUGUACAAGGAGAAGGAAUCGUCGGGCUGGUUAG